AUGUUCUCGAGAUUCCUCACGGGCCUUGCGCUGAUGAUCAGCCUAUCUAUCAGUGCCGUCCAUGCAGCAGUACCACAGAUUUCUACCAGCGGAACCAAGUUCUUCUACAGCAAUGGGACCCAGUACUACAUGAAGGGCACGCCAAUUCCAACUUUCAAUCUUCACUGCGAACCUUUUUUGCUAAUCGUUGCCCAGGACGAUCCGCUGAUCGAUACCGAGCAAUGCCAACGCGACGCAUCCCUAAUGGCCACCCUCGGCGCAAACGCAAUUCGUGUUUACCACGUCGAUCCCGCUGGAGACCACUCGGGCUGCAUGUCUGCGUUCGCAGAUGCUGGGAUCUAUCUGUUGGUUGACUUAGAUACAUUCACGACCGACAUCGAUCCUACCUACGCAUCAUGGAACCAAUCGCAAUUCAACGCAUUCGCCGCCGUCAUGGACGCAUUCCACACAUACGAUAACACGCUCGGUUUCUUCAUCGGCAACGAAGUCAUUGCCCUCAAUAACCAAUCUCUUGCCGCCCCGUACAUCAAGGCUGCUGCAAGAGAUAUGAAGGCAUACAGAGACUCUAAAGGCUACCGAAAGGUGCCCGUUGGAUACUCCGCAGCAGAUAUCGCCGAGUUACGUCCUAUGCUGCAAAACUACCUCGCAUGUGGUACCAAUUCCUCUGAAAGUAUCGAUUUCUUCGGCCUGAACGCCUACGAGUGGUGCGGCGAAAAUACCAUGGUCACGUCCGGCUACAACAAACUAAACACCUUCGCCCUUGACUUAAACGUGCCUAUUUUCUUCUCCGAGACAGGCUGCAAUACCGUCAAGCCGCGCACUUUCCAGGACCAAUCUGCGAUCCUGGGUGCGGAUAUGGAGAGCAUCUGGAGCGGGGCCAUCGUCUACGAGUGGAUCGAGGAAGCCAACAACUAUGGCCUCAUCUCUUACGGAACCCCCGUUUCAGAUACCGUCCAAGCCACGAAUGUCGCCGGCGGCUUCUCCCGCGGCGGAACUCCGACGCCAGUAGCGCCCGACUUCACGAAUCUCCAAAAUGUAUGGAAGACGCUCCAACCGAUUGGAGUUGCCAGCUCCACCUACACGCCCUCUAUCACACCCCCUGCGUGCCCGACUUCGACAGCCGGGGGCUGGCUGGUCAACGGAGACGUGAAGCUACCCAGUGUAGGCCAAGUCCUGCAAGCUACGACGAGUGGCGGAUCCUUGACGGUGAGCUCGACUGGUUCUGCGACGGGGAGCGCGAGUACGCCGAGUAGUACCAAGGGCAGCGCAAAUGGUGGGAAGGAGAUUGCGGGGAUGAGCGCGGGGCUUGUGGGCGUUAUGUUGGGGUUCAUGUGGUUUUCGUAG